UUGGCAUUAAGUGGUGUAUAGAAGAAGUCUUGUGAAUUAAAGCCGGCAAAUUUUGUUAAUAAAAUUAAUAAAGUGUCUUUUGUAGGCUGCAUUCUGUUGUACGGUUACACAUUCAAAAUAUUGCCUAUUCGCCAUUCAACACAAUAAAGUAUGUUCGAAAAUCGCUCACACUCACGUAAUGGCAAUCGAGAUUCUCGCCGCGGCGGUGAUGCCCAUGAAGAUGAGCCCCCAAUGUCUCGACUGUUCAUUAUUUGUAACAAAGCCCACCAAGAGGAAGAUUUCCGUGAGGCAUUUUCCCGGUUUGGAGAAAUCGAAGAUAUUUGGGUGGUAAAAGAUCGUAAUACUGGAGAAAAUAAGGGUAUUGCUUAUAUAAAAUACUCUAAGACAUCUGAUGCCGCCCGCGCUCAAGAAGAAAUGAAUGGAAAAUCAAUCGGCAAUAGGACUUUAAAAGUUCUUGUGGCAGCAAAUCGCAACCAAGGUUCAAGCAAAUCGGAUAAUGAACAUGAAAAAUAUGUUCGUCUAUUUAUUGUUUGUCCAAAAACGGCCACUGAAGAUGAUUUGCGCCAAGAGUUCAGUCAGUGGGGACCAGUUGAAAAUGUCACUUUGGUGCGUGACAAACAAACAGGCAAUCCUAAAGGAUUUGGCUAUAUUCGUUUUCCAAAAUUCUACGAUGCCGCUGUGGCUUUUGAAAAUUGUCCACAACAUUAUAAGGCUAUGUUUGCUGAACCCAAGGGAAGUACACAACGUAACCGCGACCAAUUUGGUCGCGACGACAAUGGCAUGAUGGGUGGCGGUCGUGGUGGCAGUAACGGUGGCGGCGGUUUCGGUGGAGGCAAUAUGGGUGGUAUGCCCAUGAGAGGUGGUCCUGGUGGUGGAAAUUUCAAUAAUGGUUUCAAUGAUUGGGGUAACAAUUCUUUUAACAACAACAUGUCUCAAUUUAUGGGAAUGCAAAAUACGCAAUCGGUAUCGCAACCAACAUGCCUGGAAGUUAUUGCAAGUAAUUGCGUCAAUCAGGAUCAACUAUGGCGUUUAUUUGACAUCAUUCCUGGUCUGGACUAUUGUCAAAUAGUCCGCGAGCACGAUCCACGCACUAAUGAGGCUCUUGUUGUCUAUGAUAAUCCAGAAGCUGCCAUAUAUGCCAAAGAUAAACUACACGGCUUGGAAUAUCCGUUGGGAGAACGAUUGAUAAUACAGGUUUCUGGUUUGAGCGGCAAUACUCACAUCGAUACAUCUUUCAUUGACAGACGCCCAAAAAAGGAUUCAAUUUGUAAUGUUCCAUUGCCUGAAGCACAACCUUUGGCUUCAUGUGACGCUCCAGUAGCACAACGUCUAUUUAUAGUAUUAGCUGCGAACCUGCCAGUGUCUAUCUUAAAAAAUAUAUUCUCCUGCUGGAGAGGUUUGAUCGAUGUAUACCUUUUGCCCAAUAAAAAUUGUGGAUAUGUUAAAUAUGCGGAUCGCGAAUCGGCUCAGUCAGCUAUGCGAGCAUUGCAUGGGGCUGAAAUUUGUGGUACAAAGAUCAAGGUACUUAAAGCUGAAGAACGUGGAGGAGGUGACGAUGACGAUGGUCGUAAACGUAUGCGUCGUAAUUAAAGUACAUCGAUAAGACACAGAAAUAAGAACGAUAUGAACGAUCUAAGAACAAAAUCAAAGAAACAUUCUUUAAAAUUAUUAUUGAAAUAUUUGUACAUGACGACCGCAACACUCACUACUCAACUUUACUUCAGUCAACUGGCAUUAAACUAAAACGGAUUUAUUGAGGGACUUGGACCUGCUAUUUAUUAUAGCAAAAGCAAUGCCAAUUUCAAACGUACACACGGACCUCUUCUAUAGCAAUCAGUUUUCCUUACCUUUAUAGCUAAGACAAGACUGUUUAAACCGCAAGGACAAUGGAUAUAACCAGAACGGAUGAAUGAUAUUCCGAUUACGGAGACAGUUUCUUAGCCUCCACUCACUCUUUACAAAAUGCGUACCGUAUACACAUGUGCAGUACAAGCCCCUAUGAAAUACGGUUCAUACAUUUCUAACGGACUAUUUUGUAAAUUUAUAUCCUUUGACGAUUGUAAACCCAUUGUUUUUAGUCAAACCCUUCAUCUGGUCCCGAUUUUUAUGAAGAUUAUUACAUACGUACAUACGUUUAAUUAUCGAUUUCCAUUCAUUUUAUAUUGAGUAGAAAUAAAUUUCACUUUUGAAAUAUAUUUACAUAUUUUUUGCAAAUAAUAAAAUAUAUAUAUAUAACACCAUUUCCUUAUUUA